GAAGGGAAGGCGCUUGUUUCAAUCAUUCAACUUCGUACAUGGCAACUCCCUCAAGUUCUAGCAAUUCUUCCUUAGUAGACCCACGUCUUCGUACUACAUUUAAUCUUGUCAAAUGGGAUAAACUCGCUUCACUGGCGUGUACACUUUCUCAACUUCCUCCAGGCAGUUGCCAUUGGGGAGAGCAACUCUCAGGAGGAUACAAUCUCGUCCGUUUCCUCCAUCUUCACGACAAUCAAGAGUCCAUUAUCGUCGCUCGUGUACCUCUUCGAUCCGAGGACGCCAUGAGCGAGGAACACAGCUCUGCGAUCUCGAAACGGAUUGAGAGUGAAGUGGUGACAAUGAAGUACGUUGAUACUCGCACCGCUAUCCCCAUUCCGCAUGUGCUUCAUUAUAAUGCUCAUGCGAAGGAAGACGUAGGCUCUCCUUAUAUACUUAUGUCCAAAGUCGAUGGCGUCCCACUCAGCUCGGUAUGGGACGAUAUGGACGACGAUAGACGUCUUAUAGUCCUCCGGCAGGUUAUUGACAUUCUGCUCGAGCUAUGGUCGCAUAGAUUCGACAAAAAAGGCGCCUUAUUUGAUGAAACUGAUGGUAGCUUGUGCAUCCGUUCCAGUUCACUAUUUGUCAGCCCAGAUAACAAUGGAACCCGACACCGUCUUCAGACCACAUCUUACCUUCAUGCUGCCGAUUUUUGGUUAGCUUAUGCUAACGCUCAGCUUUAUGACAUAGAUGAAUCGGAUUUUGGCUCUGAUAUCAAGCCUUUCACCCACUCUCAAGCAUGGUUCAUGCGUUCUCUCAUCCCUGCACUAUUUGAUCCUUCCAUUGAUGUCCACGGUUUUCCUCUCUCUCCCGGAGACUUUCACUCACAAAACAUCAUGAUUGCUGAUGCCAAUUCAUCUCAUCCCCGAAUUACAUCCAUCAUCGACUGGGAGUUUUCAGGCCCGGACUUCGUAUCAUCUUUCGCGCAAUAUCCGCUUUUCAUUGUAGAUCACCCUCAUUGGAAAGAUGACAAUCCUUUGCGUGAAAGGAAUAUUCGCGAUCAGGCCACAUUUGACCGGCUCAUCCGCGAAGCGGAGCGUAGCCGCAACCCAACCAAUGACAACGUGAAGCUUUCGCGCCUCAUCUCUGACAGCUACGGCAUCUAUCUCUUUCAACAAGCAAUGUACUACCCAGGGAUGUACUCUUCUAUGUAUCCUCUCCUUUUUGCCCAUGUAUUUGGUGAUGAUGAUGAUGAUGAUAAUUUCUCCACUGAUUAUUAUUGGGCACUGAUGGAGAAUGGGAUUUUAAACAAGGACAAGCAGCGGUUUGAUCGAGAGAAUGGAGUGUGGAUCGAGGCACGCGAAAUUUUGGGGGAGGAAGCUUUUAGACCCCAUCUGACGAGGACAGAGUUUAUAGAUCUUAUUUUGAAGUUUGAGGAUAGAUUUGACAAUGGGGGAAGUGUGUCUCAAUGGCUUGCAUCUUUGAAACAAAAUGUGAUGUAGAAAGGUAUACUUGGGUACAAGGUAAUUAGCUGAGCCUGCAGCCUCCAUUGUAGGAAGCUGACAUCCACGAGGUUGAUUCGUGUAAUCUGCUUCCUUCCUUCCUUCCUAUGU